AUGCUACGAGCAUCAACUAACGCGGCGGUACGGUUCGCUGCAUGCACGAUACGACCGUCCAGCUCGUUGCCGUGUAGAAGGUCCUUCAGCUUUUUCACUUCCAUCCGUAUCCCCUCAGCGCACGCUUCCCGAGCUGCGUCUCCAACCAGUCGCACGCAUGCUCUCUUCACGCGCUAUUCAACUUCAAAUCAAGCAAUAUCAGACCCAUCUCGGCCCGACCUUUUCUACCACCCCGUUUCGCUUCCAAUGAUAGGCUCAGCCUAUGCACUUUCCUUCCUCACUCAACCACCACCGACCCCCGAUUCAGUGCUCCUGUCAUGGGAUGGAGAAGCGGACGCGGAAGCCGGGCUAAAUGAUUUCGUAGAGAACCCCAAGUUUCGUGCAAUCAUGCACGAGGCAAUUCAAUCCGGGUUACGGGAAAAAGUGGACGACAUUUGGAUUAACGGUGCACUGCAAUUGCAACAAGGCUGGAUGCAUAUACAUGACAGCCGCAACCUUCCAGCGCUAGGCAGAAUAGGCAACCCGGAUGAUAUCAUCGCCUCUGUAUUAGUGCGGGAUAGCAAGAUUCUUCCUGAUACGUACCAGCCCAUGCCAUCUUAUCGCCUUUGCACUUCUGAUGGCCCGACCCUUCUUACAGAGGGCUUUGCAACCAAGUUGAAGUUGGUGCUUGAGGGCGCCAUCACCCGAGAAGCGGCCCAGUAACGUCUCCUGUGGUCGCAUUAUCGUCCUUACUACCACGAGCACACUCAGCAGCAGAAGUUUUACAUAAAAUCCCAUGUUCGCCCGAUUAUCACUAGUCGAUCAUGGACAAUCAGUACUUAUUAUUUGCAUUAUUUCAACGAGCACCAGUAUUACAUUCAUACUUGCAUUUUUCUUCGCAUAGCUACGACCCAUCAGCCAAACCUCCUGGCUUGCAGUUCGAAAAUGAAAAGUAUGCAUCCAUUCACAAAUUUAAUAGAACGUGAGUCCAGCUUCAGAGAAGCCAUACGAUAAGAUCAUAAAACAUGCAGCAUAACCAAGAGCAGAGCACGAACACAAAAAUAAAAGCAGAUGCGGGGGAGGAUAAAUGAAGAGCAAGAUA